AUGAUGAGCGACCGAGCCUACAGCAACGGCAAUCGCUUACCUUUACCCGACGACGAGUCCACGGAAGGAUCACAUGAGUCGUCACAGCUAGUGGUGGCCACGAAAGAAGAUGAAGAACGCAACGAGGUUAAGCAAGUACAGUUGCUGGCUCGCAGAGAAACAAAUCAUUACUUCUCCUUCGCUCAUACCAUCGAAGAUGCGUCCCAGUUUCACAUCACGAAUAUGAAUCUAGCGUUUAAGAAUUUAGGAGAGAUUAUUACAACCGCGGCGCAAGCCACCAACGCGUCAUUCCCUUUCGUCACCGUUCCAAAAUUCGAAGUUUACGGCCGCCAUGCGCGCCUUCAGUCAGGAAUUGAAACAUUUACUUUCAAUCCGUUCAUUACUGACGAGACAAGGGCGGCCUGGCAGGCCUACUCAAUCCAAAACCAGGGAUGGUUGAAGGAAAGUCGAGAUAUUUUUCUUGGCGGCGACGAAGGGAACCACCAGGACUACAUCGAUGGGCCCAUCACACCGAUUAUUUGGCAGAGACAAGCAGACGGAAGCCCGAUUCCUACGCCCGGACCGGAUACAUAUGCUCCUGUUUGGCAGACAUCACCUCCAAUCUUUAAUCCAGCAACCGUAAAUUACAACAUGUUUUCUGAGCCGUUCUCCAAGCGCAUGUACCAAGUCAUUCUCAAUCUUAGAGAAGCAGUCCUUUCAGAGACCCUGGAUCUUACUCGUCUUUCCGGAAGCGCAGUCGCUCCAGAAGACCACGAAAUCAUGCACGAUGCUUUUGUAUCAAGCAUAGACACUACCACAAAUGUGACAGGGUAUAAGCAUCCCCACAGCGUGCUGGUCCAGCCUAUUUUUAGUGAACUCAACAAUAGGAGUGCCACGAUCGUCGGAUUGUUACAAGCCGUCAUUCCGUGGGACCGAUAUUUCACUGACUUGUUACCACAAGGAGUGAGCGGUAUACACGCUGUUCUUCGCAACACGUGCAAUGAAUCUUACACAUACGAGGUGAAAGGCAACUCGGCUAUCUUCUUAGGUCCGGGAGAUCUGCAUGAGCGACAUUGGAAUCAUAUGGAACGUGUGGUAGAUAUGACGAACUAUCUGAACCCCGAGAGAACCUUGAACGAACCUGGUCAUUGCGUCUAUCGUAUGCACGUGUACCCUACCGACCGCUUCUUUGCGAGCGUAUCUAACCUCCCCACGGUUUUCACUUCAGUGAUCGCCGUGUCAUUUGUUUUAAUGGCAGUGACAUUCUUCAUGUACGACCGCUUCGUUCGUCGCCGUAACGAGAAAGUCGUUGUGGCUGCAGCGCGCUCCAAUGCCAUCGUAUCUAGUCUGUUUCCGUCGAAUGUAAGAGAUCGUCUAUUCGAAGAGCGUGACGAGGAGAAAAGAGCUUUUGCAAGAACACAACAUUCGGGCCGGUCGAAAAAUGCGCUUCGAGGUUUUUUGGACGGCGAAGAAGCCGAGCUUGACACGGACGACGACGGGGAUAUGUACAAGACCAAACCAAUUGCCGAUCUAUUUCCAAAUACGACGAUUUUGUUUGCUGACAUCGCGGGCUUUACGGCGUGGUCAUCCGCCAGGGAGCCUACACAAGUGUUCAUUCUUCUAGAGACAUUGUACCGCGCUUUCGACGAGAUUGCGAAGAAGCGCCGUGUAUUCAAGGUUGAAACGGUUGGCGACUGCUACGUUGCCGUGACGGGUUUACCCGAUCCGAGAAAGGACCACGCGGUGGCUAUGUGUCGUUUCGCUCGAGAUUGCAUGUACAAGAUGCAUUCGUUAACCAGAAAGCUGGAAGUGACACUUGGACCAGACACAGCGGACCUUUCCAUGCGCAUGGGUAUACACUCCGGCCCCGUAACUGCCGGUGUGCUUCGCGGAGAACGAUCUCGUUUUCAACUAUUCGGAGACACCAUGAAUACCGCCUCGCGAUUGGAGACGACGGGGCGACGUGAUCGCAUUCAUCUAUCAGAGGAGACAGCGGAGCUACUGACUAUGGCGGGAAAGGCCAAGUGGAUCAAACCUCGUGAAGACAGAGUAGUUGCCAAAGGAAAAGGAGAGCUUUCAACAUUUUGGCUGGAAUGUGGGGAAAAAUCAAAACGAAGUUCAUCAUCUGAAUCCGCCGACGAAACAGAAUAUCCCGAAGAUACUAGCGCAGCAUCAGAAGUAUCUUCCGAUGUUGCUUUCAACACAACCGGCGACGAAGAUUUUGCGUUGCGAUCGAUUUCGGCCAAGGUUUCUCGAUUGAUUGACUGGAAUGUCGACGUUUUGUCCCGUCUAUUGAAGCAAGUCUUGGCGAGGCGCAUGGCCGAAGGUUCCAUGGUAGUUGGCACAUCAAUGCCGUUGAGAAUACCAUCCCGAGCCCCUGGAAAGACGAUCUUGGACGAAGUAGAGGACUACAUUAUUCUCCCUCGGUUUGAUCCCAAGGCAGCGAAACAUCAGAUCGACCCGGAUUCCAUCGAUCUGGACCCAGACACAGAAGCACAGCUGUACGAAUACGUUUCUACGGUGGCUUCUCUAUACCAAGACAACCCGUUCCACAACUUUGAACAUGCCUCGCACGUUACAAUGUCGGUCGUCAAGCUACUUUCACGUAUCGUCGCACCGAUGGACCUGGACUUUGACAACAGCAAGGACGAGGCAGUAAAAACGAAAACGUUGCACGAUCAUACGUACGGUAUUACAUCGGAUCCGCUGACGCAGUUUGCCUGCGUGUUCUCGGCUUUGAUUCACGAUAUUGAUCACAGCGGUGUUCCGAACGUGCAACUGAUCAAGGAGAAUUCGCGAAUCGCCAAGUACUACAAAGAGAAGAGCGUGGCCGAACAGAACUCGGUCGACUUGGCGUGGGAGCUGUUGACGGAGGACAACUACUCCAGAUUGGUGGCAACAAUCUGCCCGACCGGGUCUGAGCUAAAACGUUUCCGCCAGCUGGUUGUCAAUUCGGUCAUGGCCACCGACGUGAUGGACAAGGAUCUGAAGGAGAUCCGCAACGGCCGCUGGGACCGUGCGUUUGCGGAACCCCUGUCGUCGUUGUCCAAGAGUCCGAGAGAAAGCGUGAAUCGAAAGGCAACAAUUGUGAUUGAGCAUCUGAUCCAGGCGUCGGAUGUGGCUCACACCAUGCAGCACUGGCACAUCUAUCGCAAAUGGAACGAGCGUCUGUUCCGUGAGAUGUAUGUGGCGUACGAGUUGGGUCGCGCGGAAAAGAAUCCGGCCGAUUUUUGGUACGAGGGUGAGCUUGGCUUCUUGGACUACUACAUUAUUCCUCUAGCGAAGAAGCUGAAGGACUGCGGUGUAUUUGGGGUAUCCAGCGACGAGUACUUGAACUACGCUGUGAAGAAUCGCAGCGAGUGGGAAACACGGGGGCGGGAUAUUGUGGUCGAAAUGAUCACGGCCUUUCGGAAAAAGGAUGAAAAGCACAACGUGACGAUGGCUGUGCCUGUAAACCCAAGGUUUGGGCUGCUGACGUCGUUUGCCGUCCAGGCUAUCGGCCGCAGCAACGGCGUCGGCCAUUACCAUUUCGUGAGCGAAUUAAAGCUUUCAUGCCACUUGGCAGUGAGCGAUCUUAGUAGCAAGCUAACUAACAUGCCCAGUGACCAUUCACUCGUCACGGAACGAUUCACUCUCCAGGAAUCGACCGGUCUGGCACCUGUCCCGAGGAUGGAGACAAUGAACGGCGCCACGAGAGGACCCCCAUGUCCUAGCAAAAUCCUGCUUCUCCCCAAACCCUCGUCAACGGUCGAGGCGAAAUCGUUUACCAACACUAAACAAAAUCGGAUCUCUUCCGCCAACUCGAGUCACAGCAGUGCCAGAUUGCACUUGAACAAUCACAAGGUAGAGAAGCUACAUCAGGGCGCCUGCAAAGCAACGGGGGCGCAUAUUCGCGUCAAGCUACUGCCGGAACACUUCCAACCAUCCGAUAAGGACGUUCUCUGUGGACGGGGUAGGGCGUGCAAAAUGUGGAAGGGCAAUCAGGAUUACCGCGAGCUAGUGGUUAGUAAUCUAGAAGCCUACGCGUCGUCCACGAGCAAGCUCCACAAGGGAAUGAUACUCAGCAACAUCGUACAGCGCGUACGCAUCAACAGUCCGGAAGGCGGUUUCGUCAAGAAGGAUUCGGAAACGGGACGCUGGUACGAAGUGGGGGACUUUUUGGCAAGGGAGAAAACGUCGCAGUAUUUUCGAGAUGCCCUCCACGAGCAAUACAGCAGCAGUGCCCAAGCCAAAUAUAAUCGCCGCAAAAAACGCCACACGGAUGGGAAUUACCUGGAAACUCUCCCCCCGACGAGCAGUGUUUUCCCGCCCAGUGCAGCGAAUCCAAUCGACACCGCCAUGCACGAGUCUUCCGAUGUUCCGUUGGUGGACACGAUCAAAACAGCAGUUUUGGAGAAACGUCAGAUUCCACCCAAGAAACGCAAAAUUGAACGAAGACCUUCCGAAGACGACGUGGCAUCUGUUCUCCAGAAAAUGGCGUCCGUCAAAUCAACGGUAGUCCCGGAUCACGUACAAAUCUGUCCCUUGCAAGUAGAGUUGCGCCGCCCCGAUGAAUCGCCAAUGAACGCCACCCAACGAGUGGUCGAGCGCAUGAGGACCGUCGCUCUACAAACCAAGGUUGACCUCUUUAUCUUGCCCGAGCUAUCGCCAGUAGGCUACAGUGAAGACACGUUUGCUAAAUACUUGCCCAAUACACCACAAAAUCAGCAGUUGUACCAAAAUAUUGAUGAUAUCUUUGCCUACCAAGCACGUCGACUGCAAGUAUUUGUUUGCUACGGUACAAUCGGUUGGACUCCAAGAGAGGAUGGCACUCUCAAGCUCUCAAUCCGACAAGUUGUUUUAAAUCGAUUGGGGCAACAGAUCGCAUCGUACGAUAAAAUGUAUCUUUGCGGUUAUGGGGAUUGUGCUGAAACGCGCUUUUUCGAGCCAGGGCCUAGAGAGCCCGUUUCGUUUGCGAUCGACGGCUUUCGGUUCGGUUUGUUAAUAUGUGCCGACAUACGAUACCCGGAAUUGUCGCGCCUCUUGGUGCGAGAUCACAAAGUAGACGUACUGUUGCAGCCGGCUGCUUUUCUCCGUGAUGUCUCCUUUCGAACGUGGAAGUCCUUUCGCGAAACGCGAGCGGUCGAGAACUCGGUGUACUUUGUUGGCGUCAAUUACUCAGGAAAUGAUUUCGGCGAAACUUCCGUGACCCCACCGUGGGUGGACGAUUCGCACAAACCAGAAGUCUUGGGGACGGAUGAGGGCUUUUUGGUGUGCAAAGUGCAGAAAAACGAGUUGGAACACGUGCGCCAGUCCAUGCCGUUUUACCGGAAUCUUUUUGACAUAUUCAAGACACUGCCGUGAAGUCAGGUUCAUUUAUGCUGUAAGAUGCUCUCGAGACUGGCUGUGAAAAGAUACAGAAGUGUCUUUAGCUUUCAAAUUUUCUUUCCAAGAUGACAAAAUCGUGGGAGGAUCUUUUGGCCCAAACGGGAUCGAGCGUUCUUUGUCAGAGAGCAUCGUGUUACUAGGGUUCAGUAUUGACAAUAGAAUACAGUUUAAGCAAUAUUUCAGUGUCACUUCUCUACUAGAGAGAGGUUGCUAUU